UGUCGUCAGUUCCGGGUGUCAAUAUGCGUCUAGGCACUGCAGCGAUAAGCAUCGGUAAAAUGUGAACAAGAAAAAAAAGAGAAAAAAUCAGCCUCCAAAGAAACCACGGCCAGCCGACAGCAUCGACGAUACUGCUAUCCUUUGUCUCUCACCAUCCGCUAGUCACUAGCAGCGGAUUCGUCACCGUCUGUCAGCCGUUUCUGUGGGAAUGGCCGCGGAGGUUCGGAGGGCCCUUGGCCGGGGCUGGUGUCUCUCACACGGCCUGCCUCGCUUAGGCCUUCACGGCACCGUUCUGCGAUCUAUUCUCAUCAUCACAGCCCUGAGCGGACUGGUACGUCUGCCCGCGGCCACGGAGGCGAAGGAGUGUGAUAAGCCGUGCUUGAACGGCCAGUGUAACACUGCCAGCGGCGUGUGUGUAUGCGAGCCGGGAUGGGUCGGGGAGCAGUGCCAGCACUGCGGCGGCCGCUUCAGGCUAACAGGACCCUCUGGCUACCUCUCUGACGGAGCUGGAAACUACAAAUACAAGACCAAGUGCACGUGGCUUAUUGAGGGACAGCCAAACUCGAUCCUGAGGCUUCGCUUUGAGCAUUUUGCCACGGAGUGCAGUUGGGAUCAUCUGUACGUGUACGAUGGAGACUCCAUCUACUCUCCUUUACUCGCUGCCUUCAGCGGUUUGAUUGUUCCUGAGAGCUACAGCAACGAGACCGUCCCAGAGGUGGUGGCACAGUCGGGCUUCACCCUGCUACACUUCUUCAGUGACGCUGCGUAUAAUCUCACUGGCUUCAACAUCUCCUACAGGGUGAACACAUGCCCCAAUAACUGCUCUGGCCGUGGGGAGUGUCGUGUGGGGAAUUCCAGUGAGUCGGUGCAGUGUGUAUGUGAGGAUGGCUGGAAAGGACCGGCCUGUGAUGUGCCCUACUGCUCGUCUGACUGUGGCUUCCCUCUCCGGGGACAGUGUGAAACCAGUGCCAAACGAUGCCAAUGCAAACCAGGGUGGCAAGGUCUGGACUGUUCAAUAACUGUACCAGGAAACGUUUCGUUCUGGAUGCGCGAGGAAUACAGCAGCCAUGGCUUGGCGCGGGCGUCCCAUAAGGCUGUGGUUUAUGAAGAUGUGAUGUGGGUGAUAGGUGGACAUGUGUUUAACUACACACACUACCAGAUGGUGACUGCGUUCAACAUCUCUUCUCAAAGCUGGAUGUCGCUAAACCGGUCCGUCAACUCUGUAACUGGACGCUACGGUCAUUCUCUCUCCCUUCAUGAGGAUAAAAUCUACAUGUACGGUGGGAAGAUUGACUCCACAGGAAACGUGACAUCAGAACUCUGGGUGUUUCACACGCGGAACCAGUCGUGGGUUUUGCUAAAUCCGCGUGCUAAAGAACAGUAUGCAGUCGUGGGCCACUCGGCGCACACCGUCCAGCUCGGUCCCGAUGGAUCGGAGCCCGUCAUACUGGUCGUCUUCGGACACUGCCCUCUUUAUGGAUACAUCAGCCAAGUGCAGCAGUACGACAUUGUAAAGAAUACAUGGAGUGUUUUAGAGACUCGUGGGGCGCUGGUUCAGGGCGGCUAUGGACACAGCAGUGUGUACGACCCUCAAACACACUCCAUCUACAUCCAUGGAGGAUACAAGGCUUUCAGCGCCAAUAAAUAUGGCCUGGCUGGAGACCUGUACCGCUAUGAUGUGGACAAGAAAAUGUGGUUUAUUCUGAGGGACAGUGGUUUUUUCCGUUACCUCCACACAUCGGUGAUCGUUGGCGGGAACAUAUUGGUGUUUGGAGGGAACACACACAAUGACACUUCAAUGAGCCAUGGUGCGAAGUGCUUCUCCUCAGAUUUUAUAGCAUACAACCUGGCUUGUGAUGAGUGGACUGUACUGCCCAAUCCAGAUCUUCAUCAUGACGUCAACCGCUUUGGCCACUCAGCUGUGUAUCACAAUGGGGUGAUGUACGUGUAUGGAGGCUUUAACAGCCUGAUGCUCAGUGAUUUGCUGUGGUUCACCCCUGCAAGCUGUGCUGCUUUCUCUGAGCAGCUGGAGUGUGUGACGGCUCUACCUGGCGUGCAGUGUGUGUGGAACGCCUCUACCUCCACCUGUAUGUCCUGGGACGCAGCGGCGCCCCAUGACACAGAGAGCUUGAGAAACACCUGCAGUCCCAGAGGGUAUGUAGAUGCUGAAAAGUGUGACCAAUAUUCAGACUGCUACAGCUGUACAGCCAACACCAACAGCUGCCAGUGGUGUGCGGCGCUCUGUGUGUCUGGUCAUAGUAACUGCACCAGUUCCCAGGGGGGGAUAAUGGAGUAUGAGGCCUGUCCGAAGGAUAACCCCUCCUCUGUGUGCAGCAAGAGGACCAGCUGUAAAAGUUGUGCCACAGACCAGAACUGCCAAUGGGAGAUGAGAAACCAAGAGUGCACUACCCUGCCUGGUAAUGAACACGAGCAAUGGAAUAUCUGCGGUGAGAGUUGGCACCUGGUGGGGAAUUCGUGUCUAAAGCUGAUCACAGCCAAUGACUCGUAUGACAACGCUAAACUGGGGUGCCGUAGUCACCAGGCGGUGCUGGCAUCUCUCACCACACAGAAGAAAGUCCAGUUUUUCCUCAAAGAGAUGCACAACAGAUCAUUGCAAUCAAAAGCACUCAUCACCCCAUGGGUGGGUCUGAGGAAGAUCAAUGUGUCCUACUGGUGCUGGGAGGACAUGUCCCCGUUCACCAACUCCACGCUGCAGUGGUUGCCGGGCGAGCCCAGUGACGCUGGUUUUUGUGGGUACCUGGCUGAGCCCACUUUCAAUGGAUUGAAGGCGGCAACCUGUGUCAACUCUGUGAAUGGGAGUCUGUGUGAACGUCCAACGAACCACAGUGUGAAGCAGUGUCGGACGCCCUGUGCCCUGCGCUCUUCCUGUAGUGAGUGCACCAGUGGGAGCUCAGAGUGCAUGUGGUGCAGUAACAUGAGGCAGUGUGUGGACUCUAAUGCUUAUGUGGCAUCCUUCCCCUACGGCCAGUGCAUGGAGUGGUACACCAUGAACAGCUGCCCACCGGAGAAUUGUUCUGGCUACAAGACCUGUGGUUACUGUUUGGACCAGCCUGGCUGUGGGUGGUGCACUGAUCCCAGCAAUACAGGACGGGGCCAGUGUAUAGAGGGCUCUUACCGCGGUCCGAUCCAAACACUGUUCCAUGCUCCUUCGUCUUCAGGCCCCUCCCUCAUUCCUGCCUCUCAGCCAAUGAUGAAUGUGAGCUUGUGCCCACUAGAGGGCAACUACAACUGGUCCUUCAUCCAGUGCCCAGCAUGCCAGUGUAACGGACACAGCUCUUGUGUCAACGAGAGUGUGUGUGAGCGAUGUGAGGACCUCACCACGGGCAAACAGUGCGAGAGCUGCAUCUCCGGUUUCUAUGGUGAUCCAACAAACGGGGGCAGCUGUCAACCAUGCAAGUGCAACGGCCACGCCAGCAUGUGUAACUCUAACAAUGGCAAGUGCUUUUGUACCACCAAGGGCAUCAAAGGAGAUCGCUGCCAAGUGUGUGAGGUAGAGAACCGUUACCAGGGCAACCCUCUGAAGGGAACGUGUUACUACACUCUGCUGAUAGACUACCAGUUUACCUUCAGCUUGUCGCAGGAAGAUGACCGGUACUACACUGCUAUCAACUUUGUGGCCACUCCGGAUGAGCAAAAUCGAGACCUGGACAUGUUCAUUAAUGCCUCAAAAAACUUCAACCUCAACAUCACAUGGGCAACCAGCUUUGCAGCUGGGACUCAAGCUGGUGAAGAAAUCCCUAUUGUGUCCCGCAGCAACAUAAAGGAGUUCAAGGAUAGCUUCUCAAACGAGAAGUUCGAUUUCCGUAGCAAUGCCAACAUCACCUUCUUCGUUUACGUCAGCAACUUCACCUGGCCAGUCAAAAUCCAGAUCGCUUUCUCUCAACACAGUAACUUCAUGGAUUUGGUUCAGUUCUUUGUCACAUUCUUCAGCUGUUUCCUGUCCUUGCUUCUGGUGGCAGCAGUUGUGUGGAAGAUAAAGCAGAGCUGUUGGGCUUCGCGGCGCAGAGAGCAACUCCUGCGAGAAAUGCAGCAGAUGGCCAGCCGACCAUUCGCCACCAUCAACGUCGCCUUGGAAACGGACGAGGAGCCGCCAGACCUGAUUGGUGGAAAUGUGAAGUCUGUGCCUAAGCCCAUAGCCUUGGAGCCCUGUUUUGGGAACAAGGCAGCGGUGCUCUCCAUCUUCGUUAGAUUACCCAGAAGCCCCGGCGGCAUUCCACCUCCAGGACAGUCGGGUAUGGCAGUAGGUAGUGCAUUGGUGGACGUCUCUCAGCAGAUGUGUCUGGGAUACAAGGAGAAGUCGGGAGGCAUGCGUAGCCGCAAACAGCAGCCAUUAGCACAACCCGCCACUUGCAUCUGACAUUUACCCCUCGUCCUCUGACCUCGGAGUCACAGGAACACGCGCUUAUGGCUGGGUCACAUUCAUAGGAGCAGCCAACUGGACUCUGAAUGGAGAAACUGGACCUCUUUUGGAACACUACAGGAAAUGAACUCCUAUGUGACCCUGAAUGAUAAGACUUAUCCUGGGCCACUUUAUGAUAUUUAACUUAUUUCAGUUAUUUUAUUCCAUUUUUGCAAUCAGGAGGAGGAAUCCUUGCACUGCUGCAUCUCUGUUGAAGGCAACACACAAACACUUCCCUUCUAGAGAGGCUCUUUGGCUGCAUGGCUAUAACACAAACACACAUACAGUACAGGGGGUGCUUUAGAGGCAUAUUCCACGUCUUUGUCUCUUAAAUCAUGGCGGUAGUAAUUCUGUCAACUCAAAUUGCUUUUAUCUCUUAAUAAUAAUUAAUCAUGUCUCUUAUUUGGCGUGCGGUCGGUGCGCCACAUCUCUGGAAUAAAACACGACGACCCGGUAUGUUUACAAGCGUUUGACUUUACAGGUCAUCUGUGACGUCUCUCUACAUUUGAGCUUUUUCACAUCUUUCCAUUCUCUUUUGAAUCACCUCCUUUCCCGUAUGAUCCGAGACAUGAGUGUUUAUGUUUGCUGUAAUGAUAGUGCUGCUGCUUCUGCUUUUAUCAUUUACUUCCUCUCACUUCUCUCUUAUCUGAAAUCUCAGCCCAUUUCUCAUGCACUUUUCCAGGAAAGGAGAAAUAUAAGGAGACUGCAGGCAGGCAGCAGUGAGCAAGGACCUUGUUUGGGUUUCUCAAAAUGUCAUUUUGGGCUGGCGAAGGAUUAUCUGCAUACACAAAUGGACAAACCUGGACCUGCGUGGGAUACCGGGGGUAUUCUCCAGGAUAUGGAGUGCAUUGCUUUGUGCAAAGGAAAGGUCAGAGAUAGAGUGAGCAAAUGUGACAUUAUGAAAUCUAAACCGGUGUAAGUGUGUGUAACGGCGCAGUCAUUACAUCUUUCAUUAUCCUGUUUCGAGACUGCACAGAUGACCUGCUUGCCGGUUCUUGGUGCACCAAGAACUGAAAAAAGGGACACAGGUCGCUAGACCAGAACAAAACUUCUAGUUCCGACAGCCUAAACAGGAUGUCAUUAAUCUGUCCGUGAUCUCAAUGGAAAGCUCGUGUCCUGCGACAGCCAUUUCUCGAUCUUUUAGGGCCCAAAAGGGAAAACCGCACUCACACCUACACGCAAAGUGGUCUAAUGAAAGGAGCUGGUCUCUCUUCCUUCAGAUGGAAGCUAAUUCUCACAAUGCUUUUCUCUGUAAGCCUCAAACAGUACUCCUCGCACACCGACUGCACCAUCUAUAUACAGUGAUACUGUAGAUAUGGAGUCUGUAGUUUGUUAAUAUGUAUAAUGUAGCAGCAAGUGCACUCAAGUUUUUUUUUUGUACAUAGUGAUGGACGGUGAUGUGAAUGCCGUCUCUGUUAAGCAACUUACUGCACUUGGAGGGAAGAGUGUCCCAGGCUUUUGAAAUGUGACUGCAUUGCAGCUUCUUUUGUAUGUAAGAUGGCGAAUGUCAUGAACAAACUUUAAUCUAGCUGCCUACUUUAAAGAAAAAACCUGAAAAUUUAAACUGACCUUGUAAUUAUGUGUACAUACAAGAAUGACAUAGAACAUUUUGUCUAUAAUUAAAUGGUAAAAUGACAAUGACUACCUGUAAA